AUGUGCAAACCCUGGGAUUGGUUGGACCUCGUCCGCCAGCAGGGCGCAGAGGAUAUCGACCUCGCCUAUGAGGCCAUGGUGGAGGCCUGGUGGGAGGAGCAGGUGCUCCCCGAGGUCGAGCGCGAGCGCUGCCUUGCGCUGGGUGGCGGCGCCUAG